UCUCCAGUACAAGUGAUCCACGCUGCUCAGGGAUCUCACAUCAGAGGAUGUUAUUGCCAGCCUGUUCUUGUAGCUAAACAGCAACUCCCAGAACCAGGACCUACCCCCCCUUACCCAUCUUCUCCAAGAGGGUCUCCUCGCACCAAGGGGGCUUCCCCUUCAUUCAUCAUGGACUGCCAAGUGAAUUCCUACAUUGGCAAAGACAAAUCCAGCAGCAGUAUCAUGCGGAAGAGGGCAGCUCUACUCCGGAAAGGCUGCAGCUUUGAGAUCCAGAGGGCCACGGCGCUUCCUCUCAGCUCCGUCUCCGAAGACCUGGGCUGCCGACGAGGGGAAUUCAGCAGGAAACAUUAUGGGUCGGUGGAACUGCUCAUAUCUAGUGAUGCAGAUGGAGCCAUACAAAGGGCUGGGAGAUUUCGAGUGGAAAACGGCUCCGUGGAUGAGAGUACAGACUAUACGCCAGGUACUUGGAGAAGAACAGAUGUUCAUUUGGAAAACCCAGAGUAUCACACCAGAUGGUACUUCAAAUAUUUUCUAGGCAAAGUACAUCAGAACUAUGUUGGGACAGAUGCAGACAAGAACCCAUUUUUUCUUUCUGUGGUACUUUCUGACCAAAACAAUCAGCGGGUUCCACAAUACAGAGCAAUCUUAUGGAAGAAAACAGGUACACAGAAAAUUUGCCUUCCGUACUGCCCCACAAAAACAUUAUCAGUGAAAUCUAUUUUAAGUGCCAUGAAUCUUGACAGAUUUGAAAAAAGCCCCAGGGAAAUUCUCAAUCCAGAGAUCCAAAAGGACCUGCUGGUUCUUGAAGAACAAGAAGGUUCAGUGAAUUUUAAGUUUGGAGUUCUCUAUGCCAAAGAUGGCCAGCUUACAGACGAUGAAAUGUUCAGCAAUGAGGCUGGAAGUGAAAGUUUCCAAAAAUUGCUAAACCUACUUGGUGACACCAUCACAUUGAAGAGUUGGGUUGGCUACAGGGGAGGUCUAGACACCAAAAAUGACACAACAGGAAUACAUUCCAUCUACACUGUUUACCAAGGGCACGAAAUCAUGUUCCACGUCUCCACAAUGCUGCCGUAUUCUAAAGACAACAAGCAGCAGGUAGAAAGAAAACGUCACAUAGGGAAUGACAUCGUGACCAUAGUGUUCCAGGAAGGGGACGAAGCCUCAUCAUCCUUCAAACCUUCCAUGAUCCGAUCCCACUUCACUCAUAUAUUUGCCUUAGUGAGAUAUAAUAAGCAAAACGACAGCUACAGGCUAAAAAUAUAUUCAGAAGAAAGCGUUCCGCUGUUCGGGCCUCCGCUCCUAUCGCCGCCGGUCUUUACUGACCACCAGGAAUUCAGGGAUUUUCUGCUAGUAAAACUAAUUAAUGGCGAGAAAGCCACUCUGGAAACGCCAACGUUCGCCCAGAAAAGACAGCGCACUCUGGAUAUGUUGAUCCGAUCUCUAUACCAGGACCUCAUGCCAGAUUUACAUAAGAACAUGCUAAACAGAAGGUCAUUCAGCGAUGUGCUUCCAGAAUCACCCAAGUCAGCCCGGAAGAAAGAAGAGGCCCGGCAGGCGGAGUUUGUCAGGAUUGGGCAGGCGCUCAAACUGAAAACCAUUGUCAGAGGGGACGCCCCCACGAGUCUGGCGACUACAGGCCUGUGCCGAAAAGAGCCUUGGGAAUCCCAGUGCUUCUGCAACAGCUUCACUCAUGAGGCGCUUGGGGGCGACUCCUGGGGGCAGUCUCUCCUGGUUUCCACGGACGCCGGAGUGUUGUUAAUGGAUGAUGGACAGCCGCCUGUAACCGUAUUCGACAAAACCUUUCAGAUUAAACAAAUGCACGUGCUAGAGAAUUUGGACCUCUUAAUUACAAGAGUAGACAAAGGGAAAGAAGCUCGCCUCUACGUCUUCAGACUCAGUUCCAUCAAAAAGGGCUUGGAAGACAAGCAGGUCAUGAAGAGCAAAUAUGAAUGCAGGGAAAACAAACUUGAAAAAACAAAAGGGUGCCAUUUGUACGCUAUAAACACCCACCACGGUAACGAGCUGAGAAUAGUAGCGGCCAUUAGGAACAAAUUACUGCUCAUCACCAGGAAACACAAGCAGCUCAACAGCUUCACAGGGUUCACAGUGACGUCCCCUUCUACAGAAUCACCUGUGGAGGAAUUCCAAUAUAUAAGGGAAAUUUGCCUGUCAGAUCCUCCGGUGGUAAUGACACUUGUAGAUGGUCCUACAGGGGAAAAUGACAACAUGAUCUGCGUUGCUUACCGACAUCAAUUUGAUUUGGUUAAUGAGAGCACUGGAGAGUCCUGCCGACUGCAUCAUGUUGAUGCAAGUAGGGUUAAUUUUGUUGCAGCUAUUGAUGUAUAUGAAGACGGAGAAGCAGGAUUACUUCUUUGUUACAACUAUAUGUGCUAUUAUAAGAAAGUAUGUCCUUUCAAUGGAGGUUCCCCGAUCCUACAGCCGUCUGCCUCAGACUUCCAUUUCAGUUGGAACCAAGUUCCAAACGCAGUUGUGUGUGCAUUCCCAUAUAUCCUGGCUUUCACCACUGAUUCCAUCGAAAUCCGGUUGGUCGUUAAUGGCAAUUUGGUUCACACGGCCGUCGUCCCUGAACUGCAGCUGGUGGGCUCCAGGUCAGAUAUUUAUUUCAAAGCAACAGCAGCAGUGGGUUCAUCGUCCAAUAGCAGUUCCAAGGAUACAAGCUCUCAUAGCUCCCCAAUGACACCUACAGCCUAUGAACUGCCAGUGUUCCCAUCAUCUCCAGGAGAAGCAGAAGUGCAAUGCCGAAACAUCUACAAGAUUCCUCUGAGUAAUCUGGUUGGACGAAGCAUCGAGCGACCUCUAAAAUCCCCACUGGUUCCCAAAGUCAUCACUACGCCAACCUCCAGUGGCAUUGCCGGAAUUCCGGUCACACAUUCGUUAUCGCUCUCCCGCAUGGAAAUCAAGGAAAUAGCAAGCAGGACAAGGAAGGAAUUAUUAGGUCUCUCUGAAGAGUCAGCACCCAAAUCUGAAUCUUCGCACAAGCAGAAGAAACUCAGCAGGAAGCAGACGGAUGAGGACAGUAAGCAGGAAACCCCAAGUUCACCGAGCACCGAAAGGGCCAACUCAGGCUCAUUUGAAAGCAAUUCGGAAGGCCAGCGACACUGUUCGACCAGUUCUGACCCCGACACGAAUAUAAGUGUGGAAGAGAGUCCUCCGUUCAACAGCAGCCCCUUCCUCAUGGCUGCUUCCUUUGAUGAGGAUAUUGUGGAUUUAAAGUGAAGACAAUCUCAGUUACCCUAGUCCUCUUCUCCCUCCUCUUCCUCACAACUCUUGUAAGGUUAAAAUGGCCACGUUUAAGUUACCAUCAACCAUGGCUCCCACCCAUCGUCUCAGUCACCAUCCACACCGAGAGGGGCCACCAGUCUCACCUAACUGAUUGGCUUUAUAUGAAUGUCACAACACGGCUUCAGGGGAACAGGAGUUGAGGACAUGAAUGUUCUAUGCGUGUAGCAGUUCUCAUGCAGUUUAGUCUUAGACUAAUCAAUCACAAUGCUGCAUUAUUGUCAACCAUAUUUCCCUUCUGCACCCUGUUAUUAAGACUUCAGCAGCCACAUGAAGUUGCUAUAGGGGUAACACAUUUGUUUAAAUUUCUAUAACCAUUUCUAGAGUAAGGAUAAAAAGUGCACCUCCAUUUAUUCUACAAUACAGGAAAACCCUUGUCCCAUUUGGUUUAGUCGCCCACUUCACUUCCAAAUUUUGAAAAAAAAUGUCUGGACAAACCACUCCAGCUUGAUAAACUUUAAAUAUUUUUUGUUUAGCUGACAGUUGCAUAGGAAAUUACAGGGAAGUUCUCAAAACAAAAACACUUGGUUUAGAAACUGACUGAUCUUAUUUCCAAGCUGCUAUAGAUUUGAAGUUGAUGGCGUAAGUCAGCAAUGAGUUAAAUUUUUCAAACAAAUACAUCACAGUAAAGGUCACUAAUUGUGCCAAAGUGUACAAAACGUAUGCAUUAGAUUUCUGUUAAUGUUAAUCUGUGUGUAGCUUGCACUUUAAUCUAUGUAAGGUCAUACAUUUACUCUCUAAAAGGUAUAGUAGGGAGAGAUGGUGUCUAUAGUAACAGUGGAUAAUAGUCUCUGGGAAGGGAGUGUGACUGUGGGAU